AUGCGUGCAGACACUCAGUUUAAAUUUGUUCGGGAUAUUUACCUGAUGACCGGUCGAUUGUCGGCGCAUUACAUUGAAGCCCUCAGAAUAUAUCAUAACUACAAUCAAACCGACGUAGAUAUCGAUAUUUGCAACCUAGCCUACGUCCGCCAAAAGAAAAUUGGUCGAUCAACUGUCAGCCAUGCACCUACUGUCAUAGUUGUUCGCCUCGAGUGUGGUUCUCUUGUCCCGACUCGCGGACUUCGACAAGGCGAUCCAGUGUCACCAUACUUGUUCAUUCUUUGCACACAGGCUUUGACUGUUAUGCUUAACCAAUUCACGGAGAGCGGUCGGAUACAAGGAUUUCGGGGGCUCCCACGGCUCCGCUUGUACCAAGCCUAUGCUUUGCUGAUGACACACUCAUUUUUUGUCAAGCCUCGGAAUCAAAUGCUCAUGCCUUGCGGGAAAUUCUUUACAGAUAUGAAAGGGUCUCGGGCCAGAAGAUCAACGAUGACUUUCUGUCCGUCGACAUCACCUAUCUCGAAAAGCAAUAUCCACGCCAUUCUUGGUUUCCAGAUAGUCGAAAAAUUCGAUAAAUACCUCGGUCUCCCGGUUUCGAUGGGACGAACUCGUAAAGCAAUCUUUUCAUUUCUUAGAGAUAGAGUGUGGUCGCGCAUCAAGGGAUGGGACUCGAAACAACUCUCAAAGGCGGGAAAGGAGAUCCUCAUUAAGGCCGUACUUCAAGCAAUACCGUCGUACGUCAUGUCCUGUUUUAUCCUCCCGCGGGGAUUAAUCGACGAGAUUGAAGCGACAGUAAAAAAGUUCUGGUGGUCGAAUGGCGAUGGUAAUAAGAUGGCUUGGCUGGCUUGGAAACAACUUUGUCGGCCAAAGGAAGUGGGAGGUAUGGGGUUUCGAGAUCUCCAAGCUUUCAAUUUGGCACUUUUCGCAAAACAAGCUUGGCGAAUUACCACUAGGCCCGAGAGCUUACUCUAG